AUGGCGUGGUGUGAUCGUGGGGUUCAGAUGUUACUGACCACCGUGGGGGCUUUUGCGGCUUUCAGUCUAAUGACAAUCGCAAUUGGUACGGACUACUGGCUUUAUUCAAGGGGGUACUCAUGCAACGCCACCAACAUCACUACGGACGAAACUCAAGCGCAACCUAAGAAAACUAAAGGCGAUCUCACACACUCUGGACUGUGGAGAAUCUGUUGUAUUGAAGGGAUCAACAAAGGAAGCUGUUACCGGAUCAAUCACUUCCCAGAGGACAACGACUAUGACACAGACAGCUCUGAGUACCUCCUGCGUAUCGUCCGGGCCUCCAGCGUGUUCCCCAUCCUCAGCACCAUCCUGCUGCUGCUGGGCGGCCUGUGUGUGGGAGUGGGCCGCAUCUACAGCAGCAAGAACAACAUCCUGCUCAGCGCCGGCAUCCUGUUCGUCGCAGCAGGCCUGAGCAACAUCAUCGGCAUCAUCGUCUACAUCUCCAGCAACGCCGGGGACCCCAGCGACAAGAAGGACGAGGACAAGAAGAACCAGUACAACUACGGCUGGUCCUUCUACUUCGGCGCGCUGUCCUUCAUCGUGGCGGAGUCCAUCGGCGUGCUGGCCGUCAACAUCUACAUCGAGAAGAACAAGGAGAUCCGCUUCAAGGCCCGGCGGGAGUUCGUCAAGGCCACCUCGUCCUCGUCGCCGUACUCCCGCAUGCCCAGCUACCGCUACCGCCGGCGGCGCUCCCGCUCCAGCUCCCGCUCCACGGACCCGUCCCGCGAGACCUCGCCCGUGGGGCUGAAGAUGGUCAGCUCCAUGCCCAUGGGCGAGAUCUCCAUGUACACUCUGACCCGGGACCCGCUCAAGUCCGGCACCGCCGCCUCGUACAGCCCGGAUCACGACUCCGGCUUCUUGCAGGUCCACAACUGCUUCCCUAAAGACCUGAAGGACGGGAUUAACAGGAGGACAACGCCGGUAUGA